UGCGUUACACCUUUUUACAUCCGGCUACGCUCCUCUCAUCGUUAGGUGGCCGGAAAGCUUCAAUCGUUGCACCCACGUUGGCGGAAGCGCGGCAAGCUCAUAGCGGAAAUUGGGGGCGGAGCAAGCUCUCUUUCGUCUUGCGGCUGAAGGAAGAUGACGAAAGGAACAUCCUCCUUUGGCAAGCGCCGCAAUAAGACGCACACUCUGUGUCGUCGGUGCGGGUCCAAGGCCUACCACCUCCAGAAGUCCACCUGUGGGAAAUGUGGAUAUCCUGCUAAACGCAAGAGAAAGUAUAACUGGAGUGCUAAGGCCAAAAGGCGCAAUACUACUGGAACUGGGCGUAUGAGGCAUCUGAAAAAGGUCUACCGUAGAUUCAGGAAUGGAUUCCGUGAAGGAACAGCUCCAAAGCCCAAGAGAGCUGCUGUUGCAGCAUCCAGCUCAUCUUAAGGACUCAAAUAAAAUUGUCUGAUCCAUGGAAAAGAAGUUGUCAUCUUUAUAUAGUCUUCAAUGUAUGCUCUCUGACAUUAUUGAUGUGUAUCCAAGUUUGAGUAUUCACAUUUUUCCAGGAUGAAACCAUGAUUUGAAAUUUUAUGGGGGAAAUCUGUAAAUGUUCCUUUCCAAAUAGCAAACACACUUGAACAACAAAACAAAAAAUUUAAACCACAAACAAAAAUGCAGCUUCUGUGUUGACCUUUGUUUAGUUGGAUAUUCCUCAUUUAAUGUAAUCAGAAUUAAAGUGAAAUUGCUCAAGGAGCUAGCGAAACAUAAGACUGAAACAGCUAUUCAUUCUUAGUGUUGUAUAUUCACAUAUACAGUAUGGUUAUUUAGGCUUUAAUCUUCAACCUGCUUAGUCCAGAGCAAUCACAGUGAAUUACCACACAGUGUCAUUGUUCCAAGAAUGUUGUGAAGUAAUUGCAACAAGUAAGCAGUUGUAAUGUUAUCUGAUAAGGAGGAUUAUGGCUUUACUUUAUUAAUGACCAAUAGCAAAUUAUACAAAGUUCAAAUGGCACAGAAAAAUGCAUCUUUUUUUGAACCAAAUAUUUACUAAAGGUCAUGUCAUCCUCGA